AUGAUAAAAGAAGGCAGAGAGCUGAAGCAGAAGCUGGAGAAGAAUGGAGAACGUUUUUGCGAGGUCUACUAGCAGAGGAUCGAGCAAUAGAAACUUUCAUUACCGACCGUUGAGGUGAGGUUCGAGCACCUUACUGUGGAGACCGAGUGUCACCUAGGAAGAAGAGCUCUACCUACACUUAUUAAUGCCACACAAAAUAUGAUUGAGUCAACAUUGGGCGCAAUUGGUAUAAGACUCGCAAAGCGAACUCGGCUUCAUAUUCUCAAUAAUAUCUCAGGUGUAAUCAAGCCAUCAAGGUUGACGCUUCUGUUGGGGCCUCCCUCUUCUGGGAAGACCACACUUUUGAAAGCCUUGGCAGGAAGAUUAGAUCCCACCCUCAAGGUUGGUGGAAUGGUCACAUACAAUGGGCAUAAAAUGGAGGAAUUUGUGGUUCAAAAAACAUCAGCAUAUAUUAGUCAAAAUAACAUACACACUCCAGAAUUAACUGUAAGAGAGACCUUGGAUUUUGCUGCUAGAUGUCAUGGCGUUAGCGAUCGUUAUGAGCUUCUAUCAAGGCUUGUGAAAAGAGAGAAAGAUGCGAGCAUUUCUCCAAGUGCCAAAGUUGAUUUCAUCAUGAAGGCAGUGGCAAUGGUGGGUAUCAUGUCAAAGUUGUUGGAAAUAAUUUGUUUGCAGAUAUUGGGUUUGGACGACUGUGAUAAUAUCAUUGUAGGAGAUAUGUUGAGGAGAGGUAUUUCAGGUGGGCAGAAGAAGCGGCUAACCACAGGAGAGAUGAUAGUGGGGCCGAUGAGGAUAUACUUCAUGGAUGAAAUAUCGGUGGGAUUGGAUAGCUCAACAACAUAUCAAAUAAUAAAAUGCUUGCAACAAAUUGUUCAUUUAGGGGAAGGCACCAUCUUGAUGUCUCUUCUCCAACCUAGUCCUGAGAUCUUUGAACUCUUUGAUGACAUAAUCCUUAUAAAUGAAGGGCAUAUACUUUACCAAGGUCCUUGUGAAUUUGUGCUACGCUUCUUUGAAUCAUGUGGCUUCCAUUGCCCAGAAAGAAAGAGCAUAGCUGAUUUCAUCCAGGAGGUCAUAUCUCGCAAAGAUCAGCAGCAAUAUUGGGUUGACCACAAUUUACCUUACUCCUAUGUCUCUGCUCAGGAGUUUUCAAAUAACUUUGAUAAGUUUUUUAUCGGCCUCAAUCACAAGUUUGAGCUCUCUAUUCCCUUUGACAAAAGCAACAACCAUUCUGCUUCCCUUGCGUUUGAAAAGCACACAGUCUCCUACUCUGAGCUCCUUAGUGCAUCCUUUGCCAAGGAAUGGAUCCUUAUCAAGCGCAACUUGUUUAUACACAUCAUUAAACUUAUACAGAUCAUUGUCUUAGCUUUUAUUUCAUCAACAUUGUUCUUGAGGACUCGGAUGCACACAAAUACUAUUUCAGAUGGAAACAUGUACAUCGGCUCACUUACUUUUGCAAUAAUUGCGAAUCUAUUCAAUGGCUUUUCACAACUUUCCCUUACUGUUAGUCGGCUAACAGUAUUCUAUAAACAUAGGGAUCUCCUCUUAUACCCUGCAUGGGUCUUCACCCUCCCUAAUUUUGUGCUCAGAGUCCCUAUUUCCAUGCUUGAGUCCAUUGUGUGGGUAUCUAUAACCUACUACAUGAUUGACUUUGCACCAGAAGCUAGCAGGUUCUUCAAGCAGUUCCUAUUGCUAUUUUUGAUGCAGCAGGUGGCUGCAGGGUUGUUCAGAUUAAUUGCAGCAUUGUGCAGAUCAUUGAUUAUAUCAAAUACUGCAGGGUCUCUAUCUGUGGUCAUUAUGUGUGUUCUUGCUGGCUUUAUUCUGCCAAAAGGAGCAAUUCCAACUUGGUGGAAAUGGGGUUAUUGGAUUUCACCACUGACAUAUGGAUUUAAUGCUUUGGUUAUCAAUGAGUUUUUGGCUCCAAGAUGGAUGAUUAAAUUUGCAAAUGAUGGUAAAAGGUUAGGUGUGGCUGUGCUAGAAAAUGCUAAUGUCAUUCCUGAGAAUAAGUGGUAUUGGAUUGGAGUAGAAAUAUAUUUGGGAUGUAUCAUUACCCUUAACAUUCUCUUCACCAUCGCACUAGCCUCACUGAAUUGUAAGCUCUAUAUAAUCUUCAUCUCCUAUCCGUUGAAUUGUUUUAUGAUGCAUAAUAAUAAGAUUGUUAUUCAUGUAGUUAGUGGGCUUUUUCCAAAAAAAGGAAUGGUUCUUCCAUUCACUCCUCUAAGCAUAUCAUUUCAUGAAGUAAAUUACUACGUUGAUAUGCCAAAGGAAAUUAAAAUUCAUGAAGUCGACCAAGUCAACCAAGAUCGAUUACAACUAUUAAAUGGAGUUACAGGAGCUUUUCGUCCUAAAAUUUUGACAGCUCUUAUGGGAGUAAGUGGUGCUGGAAAAACCACGCUUUUAGAUGUUCUAGCAGGAAGAAAAACAAGUGGUUACAUAGAAGGAGAUAUAAGAAUUUCUGGUUACCCUAAAAUGCAAGCAACAUUUACAAGGAUCUCAGGUUACUGUGAACAAAAUGACAUCCACUCACCUCAAGUUACAGUUAGGGAGUCCUUGAUAUAUUCUGCUUUCCUUCGUCUUCCUAAGGAAGUGAGUGAUGAAAAAAAGAUGGCAUUUGUUGACGAAGUGAUAGGUUUAGUGGAGCUCAAUAAUCUUAAAGAUGCUAUCGUUGGCCUUUCAGGUGUUUCGGGUUUAUCAACAGAGCAAAGAAAACGAUUGACUAUAGCUGUAGAACUAGUUGUUAAUCCUUCAAUCUUAUUCAUGGAUGAACCGACAUCAGGAUUAGAUGCAAGAGCUGCAGCCAUUGUUAUGAGAACUGUGAGAAAUACAGUUGACACUGGAAGAACAGUUGUAUGCACAAUUCAUCAACCGAGUACCGAAAUAUUUGAAGAAUUUGAUGAGUUGCUACUAUUGAAAAGAGGAGGCCAAGUCAUAUUCUACGGACCAUUGGGACAAAAAGCAAGGGAUAUGAUUGAUUAUUUUGAGGCUAUUCCCGGAAUACCAAAAAUUAAAGACAAUUACAAUUCUGCAACAUGGAUGCUCGAAGUAAGUUCAAAUGCAGCUGAAAUAAAUUUGGGAAUGGACUUGGCUAACUAUUACAAAGCAUCAAUACUGUAUGAGCAAACUAAGGCAAUGAUCAAAGAAUUAAGCAAACCAUCUCCUGGAUCAAGAGAUAUCAAUUUUGCAACUUUAUAUUCACAAUCUAUGUAUGAACAAUUUAAAUGCUGCCUUUGGAAGCAAUGGUGGUCAUAUUGGAGGAGUCCUGAUUACAACUUGGUCAGAUUUUUAUUCACUGUCAGUACAGCUUUCCUCUUGGGAUCUAUCUUUUGGAAUGUUGGGCACAAGCGGGAGGAUGCAAAUGGUAUCAGAACUGUUAUUGGAUCCAUGUAUGUAGCUGUUAUGUUUAUAGGCAUUACAAAUAGCACGACGGUCCAAUCAAUUAUAGCAAUUGAGAGGACUGUGUUCUAUCGAGAAAGAGCUGCGGGCAUGUAUUCUGCCUUACCUUACGCUUUAGCUCAAGUGAUUAUUGAAAUACCAUAUGUAUUCACCCAGGCUUUGAUUUAUAUCAGUAUAAUAUACCCCAUGAUGGGUUUUGAAUGGACGAUGGCAAAGUUUAUGUGGUUCUAUUACAUCUCCUUUUGCUCAUUCCUCUACUUCACAUAUUAUGGAAUGAUGACUAUUUCAUUCUCUCCAAAUCCACAUGUUGCGAUCAUCUUGGCUUCUAUUUUCUAUUCAUUCUUCCAACUUUUCUCAGGCUUUUUCAUCCCGAAACCAAAAAUUCCAAGGUGGUGGAUUUGGUACUACUGGAUUUGCCCAGUAGCUUGGACUGUUUAUGGGUUAAUAACGACUCAGUAUGGUGAUUUAGAUGAUAUAAUUGAAGUGCCUGGGCAGAUGAAGCAGCCUAUCAAAACUUUUGUUAAGGAAUACUUUGGUUAUCACAGGGAUUUUAUGGCAGUUGUUGCUGUAGUACUUCUGCUCUUCUCUUUUCUUUUUGCUUUUACGUUUGUUUUCUGUAUUAAGAAAUUAAACUUCCAAAAGAGGUAA